UAAUCUCUGUCUUUAUACGCCACUGUUGUAUCUGUGUUCCUCUUCUCUCUCUCUCCCCGAAGAACUUUUUUGAAUCUUUUAAAAGUUUCCAACUUUUUCUUUUCUUCCAUGAGCUCUUUUUGUGGUUUCCUAUUUCCCGAGCUUAUCUUUACACUAGUAACCCAUUUACUUUAACUAAAGUUCAUCUCUUUUACUUUUUUUUUCUUCACUCUCUCUCUUCUCACCGAACCUGGGGAGUGCUUGUCGGUGCGCGGUGAUGCUCUAACAAAGCUGUUUCACCGGCAAAUACUGGCGAUUAGUUAGGCUUUAUGGAUCCGGUUUGAGGAUGUGCACUAGACUGAUUGUUGUUGGAUAAAGUUAGGGUUUUGCGUUUUAGGAAGAGGGGUAGGCAAUUGAAUUAGCUACCGAACAUCUUGUAAUGGCCAAUAAGCACGAAGGCUAUCAAUUAAUCUGAGGUGUGGAGGUAGAGUUUGGGGUUUGGGGUUUGAGAAUCUUUGUUUAGUAAUGGAGGAUAUAGGAUUGGUUAAGCAAGGUUGGAAGUGGUUGCAGUCUCAGAAACAUUUAUGCUCGUGGGUUUGUGCUGCAAUGCAAUGUUAUGGGGGAAGGACGGAAGCUUUCGUGGAGCGUCACUGGCCGCUAGUGUGCAGUGGAUGCGGGAAGCUAUUAGGGCUGCUUAGUUUGUCGUUUUCUUACUGGAAAGACUGCGUUUUGAGGGGUUUCCAGUCCUGUGCCAAGUUCGGCUCAGCUGCUUUGCUUCUCAUCAUGUGGAGUUGCUUUCUCAGCCUGACUUCAGUUUCUUGCUUGGUCUAUGUCCUCCUCGGUAUGGGAGCUGCUGGUGCUGUUGUUGUGUACUUAGGUUGCACUCCGGGGAUCUUCAUUGUAGGACUAUUUGGGAUUUUGAUUAUGUGGAUGUACGCUAACUUUUGGAUCACCGGAACAUUAUUCAUAGUUGCAGGUUAUUUGUUCUCGUUGAAUCACGCAAGAGUUGUGGUUCUUAUGGCCACGGUUUACGCGAUUUACUCUGUCAAUGUCAGACUUGGAUGGCCUGGAGUUAUUCUCUCGAUGAAUCUUGCCUUCUUGUCCAACGAUGUAUUUAUUCGUCUUCUUCAGUGGUGCGAUAGCGUUAGUGAGAAAGCACAGCCGGAGGAGCCGAAGAAGCCUGAAACUGUGCUAGAGGAGGAGUUUCCAGGAGAGUUUGAGUACCCUUCUCCUCCUCCUGUUGAAGAAGUACCAGAGAAGAAGGUUCACGAGAAUAAGUCGGCUAAUAAGCCGGCGUCUCCGGCAACUGUUGUUAGUGACUUGAAGGAGGUUUCUAGUGUUAAAGUAGUAAGUGUGGAAGAGACGGGUUCAGCUGAUGAGAUGAAAAGAAUACUGGAUAGUUUGAAUCACUAUGAAGCAUUGGGGUUCCCUCGGCAUAAGAAGAUUGAUGCUGCGGUGCUUAAGAAGGAGUAUAGAAAGAAGGCAAUGCUUGUUCAUCCGGAUAAGAAUAGGGGAAGUCCUUUGGCAAGUGAAUCAUUCAAGAAACUUCAAUGUGCUUAUGAGGUUCUCUCUGAUGCUGUUAAGAGGAGAGAUUACGAUGAGCAGUUGAAGAAAGAAGAAUCUAGGACCAGGACUGUCUGUCAGACAUCACAUGCUUCUUCGCAUCAGAAUGGUCCAGAUUAUCGAUCAGAAGAGUCAAGGCGCAUACAUUGUACUAAGUGCGGUAAUUCACACAUUUGGGUAUGUACCAACAGGAGUAAGGCAAAGGCCAGAUGGUGUCAGGACUGUGGUCAAUAUCAUCAAGCCAAAGAUGGUGACGGAUGGGUUGAACACAAAGGGACUUUAGUAUUUGAGAAAGCACAUAAGAUUGAAAUACCGCGAGCUUUUGUUUGUGCCGAGAGCAAGAUCUUUGAUGUCUCAGAAUGGGCUAUAUGCCAGGGAAUGGCAUGUAGACCAAACACACAUAGACCAAGUUUCCAUGUGAACAUGGUUGGUUUGGAAAAGACAACGCAGAGAUCAAACUCAAGCAGGUUCCCGUGGGAUCUUGAUGUGGAGAUGAUGGACGAGGAUGAGGAAGAGUUUGAGCUAUGGCUUCAACAAGCCAUGGCUUCUGGCCUCUUCUGUGAGACAUCAAAACGCAGAAAAAGCUGGAGUCCUUUCAAGUUAACCAAGAAACAAUCUCGAAGAACAUCAACUUGAGGGAAUACCCAAAUCAACUUCAAAUGGCGAGAUCAACAACAAUGGGGGUCAAUGGCGCUCUAUGCCUUGUUCAGUAAUUCAGCCAUGUGAAUAUGAAGAAAGACCCUAAAAGGAACAACAUCUUAAGGUGCUAAUGAAGAAGAUACAGACAUGGGCAAGCUUGAAACGAACACUUUUAGAUCCCUUGUCUGUAAAUAGAACCUGUGGAGGUUUGUGUACUAUCAAGUUAUGUUUUUUAUUAUCUGAGAGAAACCCAAGAAGACCGGUUAACGAUAAACAUGAAGUUUUAAAAAUUGUGUUUUUCUCAUAUUAGUAAUUUAGAUCCAUGAUCCAUUCUCA